AUCACUCGGGACUGUUUGUGCGCUUAAAAUGGACUUGGAUGAACUGCCGUGGAGGGUGCAAGGGAGCUAACAUUUGGAAACGUCUGAGUGACACAUCUAGAAGAAUUGAGACGUCUAGAAAGAGCCUCCCAGCAUGGCGUCUGUUGUGGACAGUGGCUGCUCCAUGGAGCUGAACGGCUGGAACAGCAGCGCGAGCAGCUCCGGAGCCUCCGUGCCCUGCAACCAGAGCGUCCUGAAGCUCGCCCCUUACUCCCCCGAAGCCACGGCAGCCUUUGCCACCGCCAUAACCUUGAUGGUUGUCUUCACCAUCGUGGGUAACAUCAUGGUCAUCAUCGCGGUCCUGACCAGCCGGUCGCUCCGGGGUCCACAGAAUCUGUUCCUGGUGUCACUGGCUGCUGCUGACAUCUUAGUGGCCACGCUGAUCAUCCCCUUCUCCCUGGCCAAUGAACUGCUUGGCUUCUGGUACUUCAAGUCUCUGUGGUGCGAGAUCUACCUGGCGCUGGAUGUGCUGUUUUGCACUUCUUCCAUUGUGCACCUGUGCGCCAUCUCACUGGACCGCUACCUGUCAAUCUCCAGAGUUACUUACGGCCGUCAGCGGACUCCCAGACGCAUCAAAGCGGCUAUUGUUGUAGUGUGGCUCAUCUCCGCCGUCAUCUCCUUCCCUCCCCUGCUCUCCCUGAACAAAAGUGAGGCGAGCGACCAGGGGACCGAGAGGGGACCUCAGUGCGAGCUGAACGGGGAGAGCUGGUACAUCCUUUACUCCACCAUCGGCUCCUUCUUCGCCCCCUGCCUCAUCAUGAUUCUGGUCUACAUAAGAAUUUACCAAAUCGCAAAGCAGAGAACGCGGUGCCCGCCGGGAGAGCCCAGGAAAGAGGGGGUCGGCUGUGCAACGCCAAGUCAGCCCCCACGACACCUUCAGGCCAAUGGGAAGAACGAUGAAGAGAGCACGCCCCCUUCGUCCAACAAAACCUCAAAUGCAAGACCCCCCACCCUCGCUAUCACUCCAUCUCCGUCCCCUGGAGAGUCCCAGACCACUGAAAACCCCAACGCCAAUAAUCUCCUGCAACCUCCAUCCCCAUCUAAAGCCACGUCCCCUGUCACAAGCGCCCACGAUGCUCCUCACGGCCCCCCGACGCCCUCCUCCGUACCUGCCCCCAAGACUAAAGAGGAGGGCAAGAAGGGGAAGCGUCAGAGGGGGAAAAAGGCCGACAACAACAACGGGGACAGCUCGAGCACAGAGAGCGACAUGGAGCACAGCCAUGGAGGAGGCCGCGGCAGCACCAGCAUGCCGGGGUCACCUGCCGGAGGGGGGAUCCACUCCCCCGCCUCAGUCAAGCGCUACCGGGACAUGAUCGCCACUUCAAAGGGCGCCCGGCUAGUGCCGGGGAGGAAGUCGAAAACAGACAACAACCCUGGAGCGGCGAGGCGUAAAGCGAUGGUCAACAGAGAGAAGCGCUUCACUUUCGUCCUGGCGGUGGUCAUUGGCGUGUUCGUGGUGUGCUGGUUCCCCUUCUUCUUCUCCUACUCCCUGCAAGCAGUGUGCCCAGAUACCUGCAUCAUCCCAGAGCCACUCUUUAAGUUUUUCUUCUGGAUUGGUUACUGUAACUCUUCACUCAACCCAGUUAUAUACACCAUUUUUAACAAAGACUUCAGAAAAGCUUUCAAAAAGAUUCUCUGCAGAAACACCAAGGGUACCUUCUUUUAGCAUUUAAAACUAGCAAAAUGGACCCACAGUGAAACAACAAUGCUAUUUCUGAGGCAUACAGAAACAAUCUUUUCCAUUUUUUUUUCAAUCACUCAAAGGGCUGUUUAAAAAAGAAAAUAUGUUGAACUGUGGAAAUUUCAGCAUAAAAUUUGAACUGAGACUCACUUUUACAGCCACAGUGUGCGAACAGGCAACUUGGACUGUGAAAUUCCCACUUGCGGCUGAGAGGACCACAUUUUUACAGGGAGCGUGGCGAAACCUGGACACGAGAAGGAGACUGAGAGCGACUUUUACUGAAAUGCUUAGUACUUCAAUACUGAUGACGAGACUGCAACGUUUUACCUUCAAAUUACACUGAUUAAUGGAUAAUGCUGGACAGCACAGUGGUACAUAAUCAGAAAAAGAUACACAAAAAAACUGACUGAAGUAUACGUACAUAUAAAUAUAUACAAUGUUGUGCUUUCACAAAGACACUAAAGGACUGAUGGGGAAAGAAGGAGAAGUGGCCUUAGUUUCUGAGGAGCCUAGGGCCCUUUCUUUAUCAUUACAGAGCACAAGGAGCACACAAGGUUAGUGGUGAUUUCUUACGUCUGCAGUCUUAAUUUGUCCAGCUGCAGGGCAAACAUGUGUUUCUUGGCUUUUAUCUAACUGUGCAACAACAAGAGGAGGUUUUUGAUGAUCUCAAGUGUGAUAGCACAAACAAGGGCACCCUUUCAGUCUUGUGGAGUUUCUUAUUAUUCUUGUGUGUGUGUGUG